UCUCCAACCACUGCAGUGCUGACCACACCAGCUGUGAGAGGGAAACCAUCUCCUACCACUGCAGUUCUGACCACACCAUCUCCAACCACUGCAGUGCUGACCACACCAGCUGUGAGAGGGAAACCAUCUCCUACCACUGCAGUUCUGACCACACCAUCUCCAACCACUGCAGUGCCAACUACACCAGCAGUCUUCUCAGGAAGGGUUUGUGUAAGGCCUGUGAUCAGAAAAAGAUGCCCAGUUUGCAAUAUCCUCAUUAAUAAAAGAAACCUAAAAAAGCACAUUGACCGCAAACACACAGAAGAGCCAAUACAGGACAUUAAUGCCACAUCCCAUCUUGAGAGCCAGUGCAUCGAUAGGACAAAUGGCAUAUUUACAGUUCUUAAAGUUACAAAGGGUCACAGUGUUCCUCUUCAUAUUCAGGUCAAGACAUGGGGAGAACAUCAUAAGGUCAUUUGUGAAUCACAUGAAUGUCAGGUCAGUAUGGAAGUUGCACAGAGAAGUGGCCUGUCAUCAUACCAAUGCAAACACAUCCGCUCUGUAAAUUACUGUGCAUCCUCUGCAGAACCAGUCUCCCUGAAAGAAGAGAUUUUAUCCGAGAUGGUGAAAGCAAAGUGGUUUAGUAAUGAAAAGAAGAAGAUUUGCCUUACUCGGCAGCAGCAUGCUAACAGCAGUAACAUACCACUCUCUGUUCAAACCUCGAUCGGCACCCCUGAAACAAAGAAGUUCAUUUCAGUAUUUGAACCCAGUGUCUCCUAUUACAGCAGGUUGGGGCGUGUAAUGGUUGUAUAUGACUCAAAAUUAAACACAUGGCAUUGUCCCUGUGCCAUAUUGAGGCGCUCAUGUGUGCACAAAUAUAUUGCAAAAUGGCACCUUUUUCAGACACAACGCGACUUGUUUCGAACAGUCUUCAGCAGAGAAGAAUCACCACGCAAAGAACCAUAUGCACAGUCUGAGAAGGAUUUCAGAGAAGACAAUCCUGUUUAUCCUCCAAAACAUCAAGGGUUAAAUAAUAUGGUAUGUUACAUUCUUCAGCACAAGAAGAUUCCUGUUGAUCUACCAGAUGAUGUGCGGGUACCAUCACCAGACAAAGAUUACCCAAAAAUCCUUUGUCCAGAUGAAUGUGUCUGUCAGAUUUGUCCAGGUGUUGUUCCCCUCAGUGAACCCAUCCUAAUUACGAAGAAGGCUAAAAUACUCACAAACUGGUCCAUAAUUGAAGAUGUUGCCAUUUACUGUAAGCAGUGCCCACUAUGUGGAAUGUUCUACCGUUAUCAGGAGUGGAAAGACCACCUACAUAACUUUGAUGACCACAACAUCCUUGCAAUACCCUUAUGCCUAACCUUGAGAAGCCUUCUUCAGGUGCAUACAUCGGUGAGCAGAGCAGUAAAUUAUUUGGAAGAUUUGACAGGUUUGAAGUUUCCGGCACCAGACACGGUUCUUCAUGCCUACUUGCAUUUUGAGGCCCUUGUGGAACAUGAGUACAGAUACUCAUGUAUUACCUGUGGUGACCAUCCCCCAGUGGUGAUAAUGGAUCUACACAAAAAGGGUGUUUUCCAUUUUUCUGCAAGUGACACAGAGGAACCUCCUGAAAACUUCCGAGGGGACGUCAAUAUAGAAACAUUCUGGGAGGCACUAUCCAAAGAAAUGAUAUGUCGUGGAUUUGUUGCAAGUGGUGCACAAAAUCCAUUUGCAGUUAAACCUACGUAUCACUUCUGGGCUCCUUGGAUUGGCAAGAGGACACGUCGUUCAGACAAUAUGCUAAACACAGAGUUUGAAAAAGUUCAUUCUUCAAAGUCUGCCUCAGAGACUGCAGAAAUUACGGUGACAGAGGAGAGGCUGAAAGAAGAACUUCAGAAGCAGAAGGUUAUUGUUAUUCGGAAACUAUGCAAAGAAUGUGGUCUGGACUCCACUGGCUCUCGGAGUGACCUCCUCCUCAGAUUGUCCAAUGAAAUGAAAUCGAGGCAAACAUAUGAUAAAAUCUUUGAAAAAAUCUGGGGUGCCUCUGGAGGCUGGGGAGUCAUCAUGUGCCCAUGUGGUGUAGUUUACAGUUUAAAAUGCAAUCUUCGAGCAGAAAGCCCUCGAGAUUUUGUUGAUCUUCUGUUCUCAUGGAAGCACAUGCCGAACAUUAUCAUUUAUGACUUUGCACGCGGUUUAGCAACACAUGCCAAUCUCAGGGCACCAGAAAGCAUUCCUAUUCAUCCACAUGAGGGACGCUUGGCAGAACCCACUCAAGAAAACAUAACACUUGCCAGAUCUGGAAAUCUGAAAGUGUCCUUGCCUUGGCUGGAGGAAAAAAAGAGUGCAAGUGAUCCUCAAGGACACCCACUGACAGGAUCUUCUGAUCAUUACAUAUUAUCUGACCGUUUUCACGAGAACAAUACCAAAGACAGUAGAGAUGUUCUGAGGAAGAUCACUAUAGUGCCUCAACUAGCUGGCAAAAUAAAUAGCCAGGUUGCAGAGCAACUGUUCUCAAAGAUGAGAAAAAAUAACUACUUCUUGAACAUGUCUCAGCCAUCAACACACCUCUUUCAAAUGAGGACCAUAAUUCACCACUAUAACGAAAACAAGAACAACAAAGUGAGGACUAGAUUAAUGAAGACAUUUGGAUCAAAGUUGGUGAUGAAUAUGCAUGGACAGGCUGUGCUGGAAAAUUCGGACAUCUCUAUAGACGAGCUAGUCCCCACAGACAUUGAGAUGGAGCAUGUUACCCCGACAUCAAUGACGGUCCCAACCAGUACAGAAACUGAAAUGGUGUGUAAUUAUAAAUGCCUCUCUGCCAGUAGAGAUUGUUGGGAUUGUGUGCCAACUCAUAGGCAAUCAGUAAUGCUUGAAUGGGCUUUGGGGACAGGCGACCAAGAUGAGACAAUUGCUGAAGUUGGAAACGUGGUUCUGAAAAGAAAAGAUUUCUGGACUCUCGGUCUCAAUGAGCAGUUGGAGGCAACAAUUGCAAACAGCUGUCUUGAAGUAAUUACUUUGGUCUCUAUGGAACGAGGAUUGGAUGUGUGGACAGCUAAUGCAUAUGUUGUGGUGACCUGGUUGCCUCCAAAUAAUCUGGACCCAUCCUUGUCAUUUCCAGAUAACAUUGCACUAAAAGACUGCAUUAUCUUCCCUGCUUGGAAGCCAGGACACUGGAUGUUGUGUCAAGAUGACAGCCAAAAUUGCACCUGGAACAUGGAUGCUAAUAAAAAACAAGGAUAUCCCCCAACAGAUUGGUGGUGUGGACUGUGGAGUCUUCCUGUUGAUGUAUGCUCUACAUCUUGCCUUGGGAGCACCCUUUGAUUUUACAUCUGUAAGUAAUUAUAAAG